ACCAGUGAACCAGCCAUGCAUUUUCCUGCGCGAUCACGGCCGGACUUCAGAUCGCUCAAUUAAUUUUGAUUUAUGUAAUUACCAGCCGUUAAAACUGUCAUCUUCUCUGCUCAUUUAGAAGUAUUUCACCAAUUCGAGACAAUCUGCCACAACACUCCGAGUGGGAGUCUCUCUGUUUGCCUAUCCCUCUUUCCUUUUUCUCAUAAUAUUUCCCACUCCAUUUCCAUUGGUCUUUUGCGUUUUUGUAUUUAAAUCAAAGAGAAUUAUUAUAAAAGGUUAUAGUGUGUAAUCUUCCGUAUCAUUAUUUCCUGUUUUUUGCAAUCCUAUAUUGAAAUCAAUUCGGGUGGCAGAGCUGUUGAAAAUUCCGGGAACCGCGAAACUUUUUCUUCUUUGUUCACUAUCAACUAUCAGCAAACCAAAACAAACGAAACACCACAUGUGGGAUUUUUCACAAUUCACAGUGAUCUUGUUUUUAUUGCGCUGAAAACCAUUGCUCAUCCUUAAGCGUUAUAAAACUCCAUUGUUACUAUCAUAUCCGAAGGAAUUCGUGAUCUGAUAAUUUAUGGCUCACUCACUCGGACCAAGGAAUACCGUCAGGAAUGAUGAUUACCUGCUGGUGGCAAAAGUAGAUAAUGUAGCGAACUUGUCUAAAGUCCUAAAGGCUGUCAGUUUUCAAGAGACAGCCACUUGCUUUGCCUCUGAAAAUGGUAUCAAAAUGGUGGUUGAAGAUUCAAGAUGCAUCCAAGCCAGUGCCUUCGUUUGUGCAGAUGUGUUUGAGGAUUAUGAAGUAAAAGAAGAUCCUGUAAUUUUUCGAGUGAAUCUGUCCACUUUAAUUGAAUGUCUCACCAUUUUUGAUGGGAUUUCAUCAACACCUGGUGCGAGCACUGCUGUUAAGCUGAAGUACAGGCAACAUGGAGCCCCUUUGCAAGUUUUAUUAGAGGAAGAAGGGUACAUCACUGACUGUUCCCUGAAAACAAUGGAGGCUUUUGAGUUAUUGGACUUCGAUCUUCCUCCAUCUUCGGUCUUGAAUAAAUUGAUUCUCCGGUCUCAGAGUUUUCACGAAGACAUUUGUGAUCUAGAUCCCUCCUCUGAGUUUGUCGAAAUUUUUAUGUCUCCUGAUCCCCCUUACUUUAAAAUUAAAACGGUUGGAAAUUGGACAGAAUGCAAUGUGAAAAUCAAUAAAAACAGUGACAUGGUCGAGACUUUCCAAUGUCAAGACACAUCUCGCGGCAGGUAUAAGUAUACACAGAUCAAACCCAUGCUGAAACCACUGGCAGUGUCGGAUAAAGUUUCAAUACGAACUGACUGUGAGGGUCUCCUUUGCUUUCAGUUCAUGAUACACACUGAAAACAAACAGUUGUGCUACGUUGAAUACUUCUGCACUCCUGUCAUUGAUGAACCUGAAGAUUGAAAAGAAGCAAACAGGCGCGGAAAAAACGGAUGCAGACUACAUUGUUUUCCUGAACAGUGAGCACUCGUUAAGAGAACAAAUGGUGCAGCAAGACACUUAUGAAAAGAGUUCCGAACUUAGUUCAGUCCAAUUGUCAAAACAUGGAAAUUCAAUGUAUGUAAUAAUGUCUGCUCUUGAAGCAGUUGGUGAAGUUAGAGGUCCAUAUUGCGCAAGUUCAUCAUGCAGUGUACGCUUUUCCAUAGAAAUCUAGGUGGGUUCUUAUUUGUAAUACUUUCCAUUUAGUACGUACAAAAAUCAAUUUCUUGUUGAAAAUUCAAAAUUUGUAUUCAUGCACUAUAAACUUAUGCAAGGGUUUGAAUUUUAUUUUAUCAGUCAUAAGCUUCAAUAGAAUGAUAAUUUAGAUUCCAAUCAGGCAUAUAAACUUAAAAUGUGUCGCUGAACAAGCAUUGUCUUCUAGCAGUAGAAGUAACCUUACUAUUAUAAGUAAGUAACCUAACCCUACACUAUUUUUGUUGGCUUUAUAGUGUUUAUAUUACUGUUUUCUUUUGUUUGCACUUGUUGUUGUUGUAAAACAACUUUGUAAAUGCUGGUUUUAUGAACAUUUUUAUUCCACUAAAUGCAUUCCUAAGCCUGUUACCUGUACGCUCGUAGUUUGUUUGCUUGUUUGCAUAUUUGUACUGUCAUUGCUACUGAUGAUGGCCCUCUGGCCAAAAUGCAUCUAUAGGAAUAAACACGUUUUUAAAACCCGA